AUAAAAUCGUAAAACUGAAAUGAAUCGUCGUCAGGUUUGAAGAAUCGCGAACCAGAAAAACCUGAGGCGGAAAUUCAUGAGAUCAAUGGAUAGAGUAUUCUCCGUUGACGGAAUCGCCGAUCAGUUCUUGUCCUCGCCGCCGCGAGCAGUUCCUACAGAGCCGGAAGAAUCGUCGAAAUUGAACCGGAGCGCAUCGGAAUGGUCGUUCCGGCGGUUUCUUCAGGAAGCCUCUGUAUCGGACUCCUCGACUUCUCCGCCUCCGCCGCCGGCUUCUCCCUCCCCCGACGAUCGAUCUGAGAAUAAGGAAUCUGGAGAAAAUGCGAAUCAGAUUCUGCAGAAACAGAGCAAUCGGAAUGAAAUAUGUAGUAGUAGUAGUGCGACGUCGAGGAUGGAGAAGAUUAAGGCGGCGGAAUCCGUCAAGAUUGGACCGCCGUGUGUUCCAUCGGACUCCGGUGACUAUCAGGCGCUUCUGAAAAGCAAGCUCAAUUUGGCGUGUGCCGCUGUAGCCUUGUGCCGAGGGUCUUAUAUGAUGAAAGCUCAAGAUUCAUGUGCAAGUUCUCCUUUAGCGUCUCAAUCUUCAAAAGGAAUUACUAGCUCACCUUGUGUGCAAAAAAAGGUCGGGAUUCUUGGCAGCUCGGCAACUAUAUCGUCAUCCAUAGAGCAAACGACUGAUGAAGAAGAUGAUGUCGUUGAAGGAGAAGAUGGUACGAGUGAACGUAAGGAUCCUGCUUAUGCUAAACGUGUCAGGAGAAUGCUUUCUAACAGAGAAUCAGCUAGACGUUCAAGAAAGAGAAAGCAAGCACAUUUGACUGAGCUCGAGACACAGGUUGCUGAAUUAAGAGUUGAAAAUUCUGCAUUGCUGAAGCAUUUCAAUGAUAUAAGCCAGAAGUACAAUGAAUCAGCUGUUAAUAACAGAGUUCUAAAAGCUGACCUUGAAACUUUGAAAGCAAAGGUACAAAUGGCUGAGGAAACCGUAAAGAGAAUUACGGGUUCGAAACCGAUGUUCUAUGGCAUGUCGUCGGAAGGAUUGUCAAUGAGCAUGCAAUCCUUUGAUGGGAGCCCCUCAAAGACAUCAAGAGAUGCAGCUAGCAAUCAUGCUGCCGACAUAUCUUCUGCUGAUACUCAGCUGAAUUGUGUGGCAAAAGCAGCAACGGUGUCAGGGAAGAAGAUGGUGAAAACAGGUUCGUUGCGUCGAGUGGCAAGUUUGGAGCGCCUUCAAAAGCGCAUCCGGGGGAGCUCAGGGUGCUGUGAACCAUCAGGAAAGGGAGAUCACCAAUAACAGUGUUGUUUGUUGUUCUUGUUUUAAGUGUAUGAAAGGUUUAUUCUGUCAUAUUCUUUGAAUGAACCUGAUUGUAUGUUUGAGGUCAAUAUCCAUCGUCAUUCGAACUGAACCUAGAUAUGAUAUUGUCCACUGUGAGCAUAAACUCUCGUGGUUUUGCUUUUGAUU